AAAUCCAUGCCAGUAUUUUUCUGUUAACGGUUACUUCUACUCCUGCAACACCUCUUCGGCUCUUGCUUCAAACAACAAUACCCCUAGCUCUCGCCCUAUCAUAAUAAUAAUACAUAUGCAUACAUUUAGUAUGUAUAUUUCACCAUCUCCACCUUCAUAAUCUACCCCAUACCUUACCCGUAACUCUUGUUCAACACCCCUUUUUCUCUAAGGUCCCAUUACCCUUUGCUAUUCUCAAUUAGGCUUCAAAGCUAAAACCCAGAAGAAUUUCAGCCUUAUUUUCAUAGAUUCAGCUAUAAAGAUCCAAUCUGCAGUCCCAAUACCCUCACAAAGCUUCAAUCUUUACAGCAAUGAAGAAGCAAAAAUUAGUCCCUGAACCUCCUAACUUGAGCCGUUUUGAUCUUCUCUGUGAAGAGAUAGUUUUCAUAAUCCUUGAUUUCCUCAAUGAAAACCCACUUGAUAAAAAGGCCUUCGCUCUUGUUUGCAGGUCGUUUUAUGCCAUCGAGUCUCGUCAUAGGAAAUUCUUGAAACCCCUUCGUUCGGAACACUUAACCAAAGUUCUGAAUAGAUAUCCUCAUGUGUCAACUCUUGACCUUUCAUUAUGUCCAAGGAUUACUGAUUCUUCACUCGGUGUAAUAUCUGGGAGUUGUAAAGAAAUGUUGAGGUCAAUUAAUCUCUCUCGGUCCAAGUUUUUCUCUCAUGUGGGGUUAUCCAAUUUGGCUUUGAAUUGCAGGAAUUUGGUUGAGAUUGAUCUGUCAAAUGCCACAGAACUCAAGGACUUGGCCGCAGCGGCGAUAGCUGAAGCCAAGAACUUGGAAAGGCUGUGGUUAGUGAGGUGUAAAUCUAUUACCGAUAUCGGGAUAGGUUGUAUUGCUGUGGGGUGUCGGAAGCUGAGGUUGCUUAGCCUGAAAUGGUGUUUGGGUAUUGGUGACUUGGGGGUGGGAUUAAUUGCUGUUAAGUGCAAGGAUAUGCGAAGUUUGGAUCUCUCUUACUUGCCGAUCACCAAUAAAUGCUUAUCACAAAUCUUGGAGUUGCAAAACCUCGAAGAUCUGGUUCUGGAAGGGUGUUUCGGUAUUGAUGAUGACAGCCUCACAGCUCACAAACUAGGAUGUAUAUCAUUGGAGACACUUGAUAUGUCAAGUUGUCAGAAUGUAAGUCAUGUGGGUUUGUCUUCUCUAACCAGUGGUGCUGGAUCACUGCGGCAACUUAUCUUAUCAUAUGGUUCUCGUGUGGAUCUUGCUCUUGCUGAUAGUUUGCAAAAGCUUUCUAUGUUACAAUCUAUAAAACUAGAUGGUUGCCAGGUCACAUGCUCUGGGCUCAAAGCCAUCGGAAACUGGUGUGUAUCACUGACGGAACUGAGCUUAAGUAAGUGCCUAGGCGUGACGGAUGAAGGACUCUCGGUGCUUGUAACUAAACAUAAAGACUUGAAGAAGCUAGACAUCACCUGCUGCCGCAAGAUAACUCAUGUUUCGCUUGCCCACAUAACAAAUUCUUGUACCUCCCUUGUCUCCCUCAAGAUGGAAUCGUGCACCUUGAUUUCAGCCGAGGCUUUUGUUUUGAUAGGGCAGCGAUGCCAGCUUCUUGAGGAACUUGACCUCACAGACAAUGAAAUAGAUGAUGAAGGCCUGAAAUCCAUCUCAAGGUGCUCACAACUCUCAAGCUUAAAGUUGGGAAUAUGCCUCAACAUAACAGAUCAGGGGCUUAUCCAUAUUGGCUUGUGCUGUUCAAAGCUCAAAGAGCUAGAUUUAUACAGAUCAGCUGGAAUUACUGAUUCAAGCAUUUUGGCUAUUGCUCGUGGAUGCUCUGGCAUUGAAAUGAUUAACAUAGCCUACUGUAAAUUCAUUUCUGACCGUUCCUUCAUGUCAUUGGCAAAAUGUCCAAAGUUAAAAACACUGGAAAGUCGAGGAUGCCCUCUUAUCACGUCUUUGGGUCUAGCGGCUGUUGCUGUGGGAUGCAAGCAACUUGCCAAGUUAGACAUAAAAAAAUGUCACAGCAUUGAUGAUGCAGGAAUGAAUCCUCUUGCUCACUUCUCUCAGAACCUCAAACAGAUAAAUUUGUCCUAUACCUCUGUAACGGACGUAGGGCUCUUGUCCCUCGCAAGUAUCAGCUGUCUGCAGAGCAUGACCGUCCUUCACCUGGAGGGUCUGACUUCCAGUGGCCUGGCUGCUGCACUCUUAGCAUGUGGUGGACUAACUAAAGUAAAGCUUCAGGCCUCAUUCAAAUCCUCAUUGCCACAACUUCUUUUUGAACAUUUGGAGGCCCGUGGCUGCACUUUCCAGUGGAGAGAAAAAAUAUUUCAGGCUGAGUUAGAUCCCAAGUGCUGGAAACUACAGUUGGCAGAUGCAGAAUGAAGUGAUCGGAUAACAGUGCGGAAUGCUAGUGAAUUGGUGUGGAUGGUUGGCUAGUGAUCAUAUGAGACACCUGAAAUUUAAGUGGUACAGUGUAAAGACCUGUAUCAUGGCGCUAUCUAGGGAAAGUAUAUGUAACUUUUGAACUUGCAGCAUGUCAGCUAACUCAGAAUUCAAGUUGUUGCUGUAUCUUGAAUAGUAGUCUACUUAAGAUACCAUAAGCUGUUCAAUCUUUGACCUUCCAUGCGAAGUUUUUCCGUGGCAAUAUAGAAAUAUGGUUGUCUGA